AUGCCGCGAUCAUUCGAAGAAGAACGUUCCUAUGUAGAGAAGGUUGGCCCAGUGCUCUGGCAUAUCAAGAAGGGUUUUGUGCCUAAUAUGAAGGUUGAUGGCUAUUUUUACGUGAAUAAGAACUUAGAGCAAUUGAUUUUCGAUGAGCUACGGAACGCGUGUCGCGGGGGUGGCUACGGCGGUUUUCUUCCCGCAAUGAAGCAGAUCGGCAACGUUGCUGCGUUGCCGGGGAUCGUUUGGCGAUCCGUUGGACUUCCCGAUGUCCAUUCCGGUUACGGCUUUGCAAUAGGGAAUAUGGCUGCUUUCGACGUCAGUGAUCCGCAGUCGGUCAUUUCGCCAGGUGGUGUCGGCUUUGACAUAAAUUGUGGUGUUCGACUGAUCAGGACAAACUUGGACGAAAAAGAUGUAUUGCCGGUCAAAGAACAACUUGCGCAGAGCUUGUUCGACCACAUUCCGGUCGGAGUUGGUUCAAAGGGUAUCAUUCCAAUGAAUGCUCGCGAUUUCGAAGAAUGCUUGGAAAUGGGAACCGACUGGACCCUACGAGAGGGCUAUUCUUGGGCGGAGGACAAAGAACACUGCGAAGAAUAUGGACGUAUGCUACAGGCCGACCCUGUCAAGGUGUCACCCAGAGCAAAGAAGCGAGGACUUCCUCAACUCGGUACCCUUGGAGCUGGCAAUCAUUAUGGAGAGGUGCAGGUUGUCGAGGAGAUUUACGACGAUCAUGCUGCUCGCAAAAUGGGAAUUGAUCACAGGGGCCAAGUAUGUGUCAUGGUUCAUUGCGGUAGCAGAGGACUUGGUCAUCAGGUCGCCACUGGUAAGUCGUAA